ACAAGCGGGCGCGCUUUCGCCCCAUUACCCAGAGCCAAAGCGCGCCCGUGUGGGGAUGUUUUCGCUGGCUGCCUUCCCCAAUUCAAGGAAUUUUUGAUCUGGGCCAGGACCAAGGGCAGCAUCCAACAAAGUAGUUCUGUUAUCAUAAGGACUUCCACUUCAUAGCCAGAAGUCCUCUCCCUCUCCUCUCCCUGUGCAUCCUGUAAAUAUGUUCUGUGGGUCUCCUUAAACCUCUUGGAGCCCAUUAAAGGGGCACAUGAGGAAAGGAGAGGAGAGGGAGGGGGAAGAGGAAGUUAUGUUGUGCAAAUGGAAACCCUUGCACUAACAGAACUACUUCAUUGGAUGGCUCUCCAAGUUCACAAGUCCUUUCACAUGAAAAAUCCAUUCCUGGCUUUCCUUCAAGAUUCCUGUUUGAACAAUCUAAUUUGGCGGGGAGUGGUGGAGGAGGGAGCUUUUUAGUUGCUGCUGUUGUUAAGACAAUUGAGAGCCAAAAGCUCUUGCCAAUCUCCUGCAAAUCACUCAGAGACCUACCAGAAGUCUCUGCAGAAAUUGCCUCUGGUAGCUCUGAGCUCUCCUGCAUGAGCUUUUCUUAAAUGAAUGGGAACUCUGCCAGAGCACAGUGCUAUUUGUUGAGAUGCUCUAUAGCAGAGGUUUGGCUCUGGGGACCCUCUCUCUGAGUGCCUUUCUGACACUCCAAAUCAGCCAAGAGUAAGGUUCAUGAUGUGCUGCUGAAGGUUCAGAAGCUUUUCAUUAUUUAUUGAGAAGUGAUGAAAGAAAAUACCUAUAAUAAAGGAUUAACACACAUGCUCACAUUUCAUUCACCUGUGUUCCCUUCUGUAACCUGCCAACAGAGUUUUGUCCAAUUAUUUAAUCCUUCUGUUGUUGUCCACAACAGAUUUAUCGGUGUUUGAAAGCUUUCAAAAGCACAUCUCUCUUUCUUACUUUUGGCAUACAAAGCCAUCCAUAAUGCAUAGCUUUCUCAAAUCUUGAGGAUUCUUUGGAAACAACACACAGGGCUUGAUUAGUAAUAGUAUUGGCAUACUUAGACUUUAUUCAUAAAAUGAAGGUGGCUGAAGACUCAAAUAUCCAAUUUCACUAUUCUCCCACUUUGGGGGCAAUUGAUAUUGACUUCCAGCUACACCUAAAUACACUGGGCACGUGAAUCCUGAAGAAACGCACAGAAUUCACCACGGUCCAGCUUUUGCCACACACUUCUUGUUUGCAGCAUUCCAAGACUCAAACUGUUUUCAGUUCUCUGUGUAUCAUCCACACACACACAGCUACUUUAUGUUGUAUGAACACCUGUUACCCGUAACUGAUGCCUGCCAUGGGCAGAGAAGGUUGUUGUGAAAAUGAGCCCUAUGUUUUAAAAAGGUAAAGGACCCCUGACAGUUAAGUUCAGUUGUGGAUGACUCUGGGGUUGCGGCGCUCAUCUCGCUUUACAGGCCGAGGGAGACAGUUUUUCCGGAUCAUAUGGCCAGCAUGACUAAGCUGCUUCUGGCGCAACGAAACCAGAGCAGUGCAUGGAAACACUGUUUACCUUCCCGCUGGAGCAGUACCUAUUUAUCUACUUGCACUUUUUGUGUGUGUGCUUUUGAACUGCUAGGUUGGCAGGAGCUGGGACCGAGCAACGGGAGCUCACCACAUAGCGGGGAUUCAAACCGCCGACCUUCUGAUCGGCAAGCCCAAGAGGCUCAGUGGUUUAGACCACAGCAUCACCCGCAUUCCACACUCACACAGUGCAUAAGCACCUGUUGCCCAUAACUGACGCCUGCCAUGGGCAAAGAAGGUUGUUGCAAAAAUGAGCCCUAUGCUUAACUACAGUAAAAGAUCCAGCAGGAAAAAUAAACCCAGCAGAAACCUCCCCUUCUGUCUGUUAGCCCCUAGCAUUGUACUACACAAUAGUGCAAGGAAUUCAGGGCAUUGUGCCUGUUCAUGUGCUUUUCCCUUUGCACAAGCCAACAAACAAACCCAGAAUCUUGGCUUGUUGAAACAUUGGUCAAUGGCUUUGGAACAAGCCAUGGUAUUAAGACAGCUUCAAACCAUUGUUUGAUAUCCUGACUUGUUUCUCAAAUAAUUGGCCACAGUUUCCCAGUUCAGACAAAACAGGAAACUAUAGUUAAUCGAAGACUUCACUGUUUGCUGGCAGAUAUUUGCUGGCUUGCGGAAAGAGAGAAGGAGCAAAGAGCUGCAGCCAAUCCCAAAACAUGUAGCAUUACCCAAAGGCCUACUUUUUAUCUUGGCUUAUUAAACCAAAACAUGAUUUCUAUUUAUUCCAGAUUUAUUCAAACUGUGUGUCUUUGGAAACUAUGAAAUGUGACGCCUGAACUGAUAAAGAAAGAACACUCUUUCAACACAAUGUUUUUGAAACAGUUUCUUUGUAGGUAUGCCUGUCUACAGAAAUCUUUCGCGGUGAGAGGUUUUGGAGGAGCAAUUUCAAAACCUCCUGAACCUUGCUGGAUUAAUGGUUUAAGAAGAGUCUCUGUUUGCCGUGGCAAAUGCUUUUCUACCAAAAUAGUUCUGGGUAUCGAAACCAGCUGUGAUGAUACAGCAGCAGCUGUGGUGGAUGAAGCUGGCAACAUUUUAGGAGAAGCCCUGCAUUCUCAAAGCGCGGUUCAUCUGAACACAGGUGGAAUUAUUCCUUCGGUGGCACGACAGCUUCACCAAGAAAACAUUGCAAGUGUAGUGCAAGAAGCACUUGCCGUCAGCAGAGUUAGCACAGAUGGACUGUCAGCCAUUGCAACAACCGUGAAGCCAGGACUUGCUUUAAGCCUUGGAGUUGGGUUGGCCUAUAGUCUGGAACUGGUGGAGAAAUGCAAGAAGCCUUUCAUUCCCAUCCAUCAUAUGGAGGCGCAUGCUCUUACCGUUAGGUUGACCAAUCGUGUGGACUUCCCAUUCCUGGUACUUUUGCUCUCUGGGGGUCACUGUAUACUAGCUGUAGCACAGGGAGUUUCAGAUUUCCUUCUCCUUGGACAAACAUUGGACAUUGCACCUGGGGACAUGUUGGAUAAGGUAGCCAGGAGGCUUUCUUUACGAAAGCACCCCGAGUGCUCUGGCCUGAGCGGUGGAAAAGCAAUAGAACGCUUGGCUCAGCAGGGAAAUAGACGGCGCCAUGAAUUCAAAGUCCCCAUGGAGCAACAUCACAACUGCAACUUUUCCUUUGCUGGACUUCAGUCCCAGGUCACUAGAGCGAUUGCAGAAGAAGAAAAAGCGGAAGGACGUCAGGAAGGAGAACUCCUGUCCUGCAUACCGGACCUUGCUGCAGCAGUCCAGCACACAGUAACUGCUCAUAUUAUCGCUCGAACGCACCGAGCCAUUCAUUUCUGUAGAAGGAAGGGUAUCUUGCCACAGAAGAAGGCAACUUUGGUGGCUUCAGGGGGUGUUGCAAGUAACCAGUAUAUCCGGAAAGCUCUGCAGGUUUUAACAGAGGCCACCGAUUUCACCCUGGUAUGUCCGCCUCCCAGGCUCUGCACUGACAACGGUGUUAUGAUUGCAUGGAAUGGCAUUGAAAGGCUUUGUGCAGGACUGGGUGUUUUAUAUUGCACAGAAGGCAUAAGAUACGAACCAAAAGCUCUGCUUGGGACUGAUAUCUCAGAAGAAGUCCAAAAAGCUUCCAUCAAAAUGCCAGCACCAGAUCAGAUGUGAAAAGUGAAUUCUGCCACUAUCCAUUUUGAUGGGAGCUCCAUGCCAGUUGCCCCAGCCUCUGUACGACAAUGUGCCAUUGCUGAGAUAUUUCAUACUAUGCUGGGGAUAUAAGGCAUAAAUGAAGAAGAUAUUUCUAAGCAUUCUAUCCCGUUCUGUAAAUUUCAACAUCGACCCUUGUCAACAGUUAAACAAGGCUUUUGGUUUCUAAAAGGACUAGUGGAAAGAAGAAGUAAAAGCAGAGGGGUUUGUGCAUGACAGAUAAUUCCAUUUCCUUUCCCAAGUGGUUACAUACUUGAAUAUAGUUGCUCGGUUGGACUUCUUGAUUGUGAGGCCACCUACACCAAAGCGAAUUGGAAUAAAUCCCCUCCUGAACUUGUUUAUAA